AACAACGAUGACCCCUACGGCGACAUGUGGGUGGCCGAGAAGCCUCCCGCGCGAGUGGACGUCGACGUCUCCAGGUUGACUUCUCUUGGUCACCUGGAAAUGACGUGGAGAAGCAGAGUUCACUUCCAGCCGCUGCUCGUGAGGGUCCUGCACAAAUCUAGACUAAGGUACUACGGGAAACCAGACAAAAAGCUGGAUAUGCCCUAUCAGGCAUACUUUGAAGUUGCUGAUGGUUCAGGCAUGAUGUCCAUGGUGUUGUGGAAUUCAUUAUGUCCUGAGUGGUAUAACAGUAUGAAGGUUGGCACAGUGCUGCUUCUUGAGCAGUAUGCUGUCAAAAACAGUUAUCCAUUUAAAACACAGCCAACCCCAGGGGAUUCACAGAUGAAGAGAUUUGCUACAAUUGAAAUCAGCUUGAACGUUCGAGACCCACCUACUAAAAUAAGUAUUAUUCCAGAGGACAUGGUGAAGCCAGAAUGGGGAUUACCUGAAGUAAAAUAUCGAUUUAUCACAAGGUCAGAACUGGAUGCCUUACCAAACAAUCAUUCCUGUGACGUUAUUGGUCUUGUGACAUUUGUAGGAAGGGCUGAAAGAGCAAGAAAGAGAGAGCAUGGUGAAGACUUCUGGCUCUAUCGCUGGGUACAUGCCAUUGAUGGGACCUCAGACCAACCCUUCAUUCUGGAAUUAUUUGCAACAUCUCAGCCAGAUGUGUUUGAGCACAUUCACCCAAUGACAUACUUGGUGUGUACACAAAUGAGAGUGGUACGGGACAUCACGGAGAAUCCUUCUAAGACAAUUUAUCUUACAACUUCAAAUGAAAGUCAAAUAUUCAUUACAGGGUGGCACAAGGGUCAGCCAUACAUCAAGGAUACCAAAGUGAAAAACUUCAUUCAGUGGAUUAAAACGCAACGUGAAGCUGAUCAAAUGAAGAAAACUGUCAUUGGUGGCUAUUACCCUUUUCCACGACCCCCAGAUAACUUUCUGAGAUAUUGUAAAAACAGUAAAGUUGAAUCAAUUCUGAAAGCAAUAGGUGAAAUGGGGAGUGAGAUUGAAGACUUGCACUACAGGGAGCACAAGCGCAUCGCUAUUCAGGGAAUAAUUAGUGCCAUAAGAUACAUCAGCUGUAGUAGCAUGGCUGAAGAUGCCUCAGGAGUGGAACCUGCUCAGAAAGAUACUUCUCAGUCUGUUGAAAGUUCUUCCCCGUCAAAAGAAGAUAGUGUUCACAGGGAAAAAACCCGAAACCUUAAAAAUAAAGAAGUCAAGUCUCCUCUUGGUGGACAUUGCUCUCCUGGGGAACAACAUCAACAUCAAGCUUUCAUAACAAAAAAGAGAACGGUCAAGAGAAAGAGAACACGCAGUUUACGUACAGAUACUGAACAGGGAAGUGCGUCCCGUAUGCCUGUGUCAUCUUACCGUUAUUUCACAAGAUCUGCAAGAAGAAAAUUAGGCUUGAGUGAAUUUCAACAUGAAGAUUUUGUGCAAGAUAGAAAUGGACAGGCCGUAUCAGAGAGCUUACAAUACUGUGCAGACCAAGAUGGAAUGAAUGAAAUACCUGAACCUGAAGAGACUGGAAGAACUUGUGAUUCAUGGCAGAGUGACCUAUGGACGCAAGUGAAAGACAAGUUAAUGAAAUACUUGCAUCACAGCACAGUUUUCCCAGAAAGCAUCCCACGUAAAUUUGACUAUGUACACAAAGACUUACUUAUGCAACUGUACAACCUUCAUGCAGCAGUCCACCAGCCGAAAGACCAUAGUUCAGAUAAAAACAUCAGUGAAUUUAAAAGUGCUAGUGGCCUUGGGCAUUAUGAAGUGACAGUACUUGGUAUAAACCAUGAUGUUGCAAUAGAUGUUGCAUUUCUCCCACUGUUUUGUCCUGAUACUCACUUAUUCCAAACAGAAGACAUUCAAAAUGAUACAUUAUUAUCUUGUAUGAGUUGCAUCUCUGCAUGUCAACAGAAGGCUAGUAGCACUGGAGGGCUUCAUGGCAUGUUUCCACUUUCAAGUGAAACUGUAAAAGCAGCAAUGGACCUAGAUGGCAAACAUGUUGUCUGCAUCUUGGACAUCUGUCACUUGGGUGAUGAUAAGGUGGAAGUCUUUCUGAGCAAAAUCUACACGACAGUGGAACCUGAUGUGCUGGAUCCAGUGUAACUUGAUAACUUAUUCUUCACACUUAUUCAAAAAGAGGGAAAUAAAAUUGC